AUGGCCGCAACCACCGAACCGACUACGAAGACACCAGGGGGUGUCCCGCGAGCCACGCCCGGGCGCGGCUCGCCAGCGCGUGCGCCUACCGCACCCGCAGUCGUCAACGAUGGACCCGCUCGCGAGAGCGGGAAGCGAGACGAUAAGAUCCUCGCCGCGCUCGCCGCACUUACCGAUCGACUGGCGAGCCUCGAGUCGUCGCAGAGAGUGCGAGACGAGGAGGAGCGCAUGCUCGGGGCCGUGGAGAGCGGACUGUUUGCCUCGAAACUCGGCGCCAACAUGCGUGGCCGACCGAUGACGAUAGACGCGAUCGGAGACGCGGAGGAGAAUGCACCGGUGCCACGUGGGUACCAGCGCGCGACUGAUCUUGGCGCGUCGCGAUUCGCAUCGCUCGAGCCACCUCGCGCGCGCGCAGCACCGCAGCUGCAGCAGCGCGCACCAGCGUCUGCGCCACCUCCGCAGGAGCAUGCAGCGCUACCUCCGCCGCAACAAUUCGCUCCGCCACAAGCCUAUGUGCGACCGGGCCUCAACGGCUACGGGAUGCCGUCCGCUAGCCAGCGGAAGUUGAACAUACGCAAGUUCGAUGGUACGGAGCUGUACCGCGGACUCGGGAGCGGAUUCUUUGAGUGGGGGCGUACGUUUCUGCGCGCGGUGAGCCUCGCGGAAGCGUCGUGUGGUUUCGGAUGGACCGAAGACGUCAAGGUCGACCUGCUUGGGCACUUUCUCGCCGGCACGGCUGAGAGGUACUAUCACAAGCAGGUCGAUACCUGGUGGACGCAAUCACCCACACUGGAGUACAUCAUGGAGCAGCUCCUGCGCAAGUUCAAGACGUCAAUCACUGCAAGCCAGGCGAUGAAGUUAUUCAUGGCCAAGAAGGACGCACGACGCACCUGGGCCGAGCACUUCCUGUACAUGGUCGCCGUCAGCGAGGCACGCGGUGGUGCCGACUCGCUUGUUCUUGAUAACAUCGUCCACCACGCUUCGCCGGAGCUGGUGAACGUGAUGCGCUCCAAGUAUGAGCCCACUCGACUCGACUACCUGCGCCAUGCUGAGGAGCUGGCGCACUUCGCCAUUGAGCACGGCAGCAGCGCGGUGGGUCGUGAGGUCGUCGCCGCGCACGUGGAAGGCAAACCCAAGGGCGCGAUCACGUGCUACCGAUGUGGGCGACCAGGCCACAUCGCAGCCAACUGUCGCGCGCGAGUCGUGCACGAAGACGAGACACCCGCGGAGGGUGGAGGCGCCAGCAUGAUCCUUGCGCUGACCGAGAAGCGCAGAGCGACCACGAAGAAGCGCAACAGGAGGAAGAAGGGCUCGCGCGGCAAGGACGCCGCAGCGACCAAUGUAAGUGAUGGGGCGCGAACCAUAGACGACUCAUGCGGCUUCGUGCUUACGACGAGCGACGGAGUAAGAGCCACGGACGGCACGAGCGGCCUCGUACUUGCGGCGACUGAUGCCACGGGCGUCGACCGAGGAGACUGGAUCCUCGAUAGCGGCGCGAGCCGGCAUCUUGUCAACGACGAGUCGCUGCUGCUCAAGUCGACGGCUUGCAGCCACGAAAUUGCGAUGGCAGACGGCGAGUCGCUUCACCUGACGCGUGUCGGCAGCGUGCGCCUCGAGGUUCUUGCGCGCGGCGCUGAAGCGGUAGUGACGCUCACGGAUGUGUACUUGGCGCCGCGACUGGCAAAGAACAUUGUGUCGUACGGCAAGCUCGCCAACAAAGGAUUUGCCCUAGUGCACUCCGGCAAAAGGCGCUCGCUCGCUCGGUGCAGAGAUAGUGCGGUCGCGUUCGAUGUCACAAUCGACAGCAACGUGCUGUAUGUCGUGACGAAGGCCACGCGCGACAAGGAAGGUGCAGGCGGAGACGCGAUCAUGGCGGCGCUCGAAGCGCAUGCAACGGAAACCAACGCCGAUGAGCCGCACGAAGCCUCGCUGUUGCACUGGCACCAGAGCCUCGGCCACCUUGCGUUCGACACGAUCGAACGCAUGGCGCGCGAUCCGGCAUCGGGCAUUCGGCUCAGCAACAACAAGCGUAUGGCGUGCUUGUCGUGCCUCGAGGGCAAGCAGACGCGCAACGCGCAGUCCCAACAAGACAGCGGCAAGCACUCGCCCAUCGAUCGCAUCGGAGGCGUCAUCUGUUCGGACCUGAAGGGUCCAAUGACGCCGCGGGACCGACUCGGCAAUCGUUACCUUGUGAACUUCGUUGAUCACAAGAGCAACUACUGCCGAGUCUUCCUCGCGCGCACGAAGGACGCUGCGGCGAGGCAGUUCGAGGCGUUCCUCGUCCACUUCGUGAAGCUUUUCGGGUUCAAGGUCCACGUGCUCCGCACGGACGGCGGCAGAGAAUACGCCAACGUGGACCUGUUCUGCGAGCGCACGGGCGUCGCGCGCCAAGUGUCGGAGGCGCGAAAUCAGGCCUCAAACGGCAAGGCGGAACGAAUGCACCGGACAGUGCUGAACCUUGCGCGCAGCAUGAUGUUUGCCUGCGCGCUGCCCCUGAUGUUCUGGGGAGACGCGGUACUAUACGCCGUUCACAUCCUCAACCGGAGCCCUACGCGAGCUAACGCAAAGAGAGCGUCACCACUCGAGGUGCUGACGGGCAAGACGCCGGAUCUGCGUGGAAUUGUCGUUUUUGGCUCCCAGUGCAGCGUGUAUAGAGACCCGCGCAAGAACUCGCUGCUGCAGCGCUCGGGGCGCGCCAUCAUUGUCGGCGUCAGCGAGGAAACCAAGGGCUACAAGGUGCUGCUGCCGCGUGACAAUAAAGUGGUCGUCACGCAGCACAUCAAGAAUAUCGAGACACUGACGGAGGCGCAAAACGCGCAACUCCAGCGCGCGAUGGACAUCGGCGAUCGAGCCGGAGGCCAGGAGGAGACGGACGCGCCAGCAGCAGCAGUGGCGAACGAUGGUCGCGCAGAGGGCAACAGGGAGACGCGUAAAACCAGAAAGAGAUGGACGCGAAAGGCGCAUGGAACACGCGGGGCGUUGAAACGCGCAGAAGCGGCUGCUCGUCAGGAGGAGACAGCCGCGAGCGGAGAAGUCGUAAAUGCUGCUUUCGAGCAUGAUCCGCUUAACUACGGACAGGCGAUGCUCAGCAGCAAGCGCGAAGGGUGGAAGAAGGCGAUGCAAGAGGAGAUCGCCGCGCUCGAGGCCAACGACGUCUGGACUAUUACAAGGCGAACGGCAGGACAGCAUGCGCUGCACACAAAAUGGGUCUACAAGACCAAGACAGAUGCACAGGGCGACCUCGAGCGGCUGAAAGUGCGACUGGUGGCGUGUGGCAACGAACAGGUGCUUGGCGUCGACUACACGCUCACCUUCGCUGCCGUGAUGGACCUAUCGACGGUCAAAGUAAUCCUGGCGCUUGCGGCUACGUGGGGGGUGCCUGCCAAGCACGGUGACAUCCCCAACGCCUACGUUAAAGCGGACAAGGAGCCGCACCUGCGCAUCUAUCUACAGAUGCCGCGCGGCAUGCCAGUCUCGAAGGAGACGCUACGAGCGCAAGGCGUUUCGAACACGAGCGAGCUGGUGCUGGAGCUGCGGAAGAGCCUCUACGGGCUCAAGCAGGCAGGCCGGCUGUGGAGCCAGCUGCUGCACUCAAAGCUCUCUACUGCCGGUUUCAAGCGGUGUGAGAGCGACAUGUGUUUUUACUGGAAGCGCGACGGCGACGACCUCGUCGUGGUCGGCGUGUAUGUCGACGAUCUUCUAGCGACAGGGACGAGCGCGGCGGCGGUCGAGCGGUUCUUUGCAAGCCUCGCGUCGUUGUCGAUCAAGGACCUGGGGCGUGUCAGCAAGUUCCUGGGAAUGCGCGUGACGCACAACGGUCAGAAUGGGUACACGCUCGAUCAGGAGGAGGCCAUAAGAGACCUCUUACGCGACAACGGACUCGCUGACGCCAACUCGACGUGGACGCCGAUCGACGACAGCUGCUACGAGUUGGAGGAGGGCGACGCGGAGCUUCUUGGGACGCCAAGCGCGAAAUUAGGACCGACUGUGCGCCAGUUUCAGUCGCUGGUCGGCUCGCUGCUCUGGGUGGCGCGUUGCACGCGCCCUGACAUAGCGCUUGCGGUGCACAAGGUCACGAGACGAGCCCAUGCGCCUCGACUAGCAGACUGGAAGUUAGCUAAACGCAUCGCGCGAUACCUCAAGGGUACGGCGGAGCUUAAGAUCACGAUGAUCGCAGAAGACAAUUUAGGUGCGGCGAUGCGACUAGAAGCGUUCAGCGACGCCGACUUUGCCGCCGACAAGACGGACCGGAAGUCAAUGACGGGCGGCAUCGUGAUGCUGAACGGGAUGGCCGUCAGCUGGGGUGCGCGGAAGCAGGGAGGCGUCUCCCUGUCGACGAUGGAGGCGGAAUUUGUCGCGGCGAGUGAAGUCGCGCGCGAGCUGCUCGGCCUGCGCGAGAUGUUGUGCGAAGUGGGCGUGGAGCCCACGCUUCCGAUGCAGUUGCGGGUGGACAACCAAGCGGCGAUCGCGCAGAUUGCGGGAGAGGCAUCGUCGCUGAAGGCAAAACAUGUGGAUGUGCGCCUUAAGUUUCUUUGCGACUACUCGCGUCGCGGCGUCAUCACGGCGAGCUACGUCAGAUCGGAGCAGAUGCUCGCAGACCUCCUCACGAAGGCGUUGGACGCGACGAAGCUCUCGACACUGCGCGCACUCGUGCGCAUUGGUUAA